UGGUGGCUCCAAAGGCAUAGGGAAAGCUAUAGUUGAAGACCUGGCUAGUUUAGGAGCAAAAGUUCACACCUGUGCUCGGAAUCAGGAAGAUCUUGACAAAUCUCUCCAACACUGGCAAAGCUUGAAGCUUAAUAUAUGUCACUGGCUCCAUCUGUGAUGUAUCCUCCCGAGCUGAAAGAGAGAAGCUAAUGGAGCUAGUCUCUUCUUUAUUUCAAGGGAAGCUCAACAUUCUUGUCAAUAAUGCAGGGACGAGUAUAUUGAAGAGCUCCUUAGAAUUAACAGCAGAAGACUACAAAAACUUAAUGGCUAUCAAUUUGGAAUCUGCUUUUCAUUUGAGCCAACUCAGUCACCCUCUUCUCAAAGCCUCGGGUGCCGGUCGCAUUGUCUUCAUCUCUUCUGUUGGAGGCUUUUUAGCUUUUCCAUUAUCAACUCUUUAUGGUCCAACAAAAGGAGCAAUAAACCAACUGACAAGAAAUCUGGCUUUGGAGUGGGCAACAGACAACAUUCGGGUCAACAGUGUAGCCCCAGGACCAAUAAUAACCCCACUCCUAAAAGCUUACUUUGAAGCAGCCGGUGAUAACCCUAUCUCAUCUGUAAGCUUUGGGAUUCCUAUGGGGCGGGCAGGCCAGCCCGUCGAGGUGGCGACGGUGACGGCGUUUCUUUGCAUGGCAGCAGCCUCUUAUAUCACCGGACAAAUUAUCGUCGCCGAUGGAGGAAUAAUGAUGGGACGCUCUCUCUAAUUAAUUAUCAAAUUAGUUGGUGCUUUGAUUGGGUUAAUUAAUACCGUUAUGUGGCCAUUUUAGUUGUUAAUUAAUAAUUGGUGUUUUAUGUAUGGAAAGCACUUAUCAAUAGAAUUUUUUAUUUUUUAUUUUUCUGAAAAUUAUUCAUUCUCGUUGA